CGCUGCCCUCACGCCGGAUUUAACAUGGCGGCGGGACCGAUUUCGGAGCGAAACCAAGGUAGAUAAGUCUUUGUAUCUUACAUUGAAAUUCAUCAAAUGUAUCCAUACGAGUAGUUUCCAUCACAUCUGAACCAAUGCCCUGAACAUUUUAGCUAUAAAUCUAGCAGCUAGCCAUAUGACGGACUCGACCGAUUUGUCUCUGAUGAAUCCGCCGGACUAUGAAUGGGUAACCAGCUCAAUGCAGGGCCAUAUAUCUAACGUUAAAUGGCACUGGCUCAAAGAGGGUAACGUUAGCUAGCUGAACAUGUUCCUAGGUUAACUUCGCGCUUUGGGCGCACACCAUUUUUUACAUUUAAGUAAUUUAGCAGACGCUCUUAUUCAGAGCGAUUUAUAUAUAUAUUGACACAUACACUGGAUAGGUGCAGUGAAAUGUGUUGAUUUACAGAGUCAGACAUAGUAGUACGGUGCUCCUGGACCAAUUAAGAUUAAAUUACUUGUUCAAGGGCACAUCAACAGAUUUUCCAUCUAGUCGGCUCGGGGAUUCGAACCGGCAACCGUUCGGUUACUGGCCCAAUGCUCUUAACCGCUAGGCUGCACACUAAUUAUAGUCCCUGUCUUUGGCAAAACUGCGCUCGUUUUGCAGGGUUUGUGCUCUUGGACCACAGACGGGAUGUAACACCAUCCUUUGCGUGGAAACUAGAUUUAAUGCUUUCUUGUGCACUGUUCGGUAAUGUAAGCAAUGCCCAAGUAAUAGGAACCGAUUAUGGAUAUAGGAUAUAGCUUCCAACAUGGGAAAGGUGUUGCUAAAAGCAGGACCAUAACAAGGUCUAAUGUUUGGGCUUAUACCCAUCCACUUCAUGUGGUGUUGCUCUAUCUGUCACUUUAGAUGCCACUGUGUAUGUGGGUGGUCUGGAUGAGAAAGUGGCAGAGCCACUGCUGUGGGAGCUCUUUCUACAGGCUGGGCCUGUGGUCAACACACACAUGCCCAAAGACAGAGUCACGGGACAACACCAAGGUAAGUAACACACAUACUCAUAAACAACGCAUUGGUAACAAAACUGACACGUACUGUCAGUAAGACCAACCAGAAAUGCUACACUUUACUGCAGUCCUAGGAUUUAUUUCAUAUGGUGAGGUGGCACACUCAUGUUUGAAAAUAAGAACUGUGUAAAACUAGCCUAUGCAAAGAAGACAGAUCAUUGUAGAUUAGGUCUAUGCUAUGAAAGCAAACCCAUCACUUGUUGAUGUCGUGUCAUUUUUGGAGAGUCCUUUAGAGACAAAUAGCCUGUAAAAAGUGCUGAUCAGAAAUAUAACCGUUAAAGUCUUAUUGAAUGUUCCCUCUGUCUCCCCCCUCCCCUCCGUAAGGCUAUGGCUUUGUUGAGUUCCUCAGUGAAGAGGAUGCGGACUAUGCCAUCAAGAUUAUGAACAUGAUUAAACUAUACGGCAAGCCCAUCCGUGUCAACAAGGCGUCAGCGCACAACAAGAACCUGGAUGUGGGCGCCAACAUCUUCAUUGGUAACCUGGAUCCGGAGAUCGACGAGAAACUCCUCUACGACACGUUCAGCGCCUUUGGGGUCAUACUCCAGACGCCCAAGAUCAUGCGCGACCCGGACACUGGCAACUCCAAGGGAUACGCCUUCAUCAACUUUGCCAGUUUUGACGCCUCUGACGCGGCCAUCGAGGCCAUGAACGGCCAGUACCUGUGCAACCGACCAAUUACGGUGUCAUAUGCCUUCAAGAAGGACUCCAAGGGCGAGCGGCAUGGCUCGGCCGCUGAACGCCUCCUAGCUGCUCAGAACCCGCUUUCGCAGGCCGACCGGCCGCAUCAGCUGUUCGCAGAUGCACCGCCUCCCCCCUCUGCCUCGACGCCUGUCCUCACCACCCUGGGAGCUGGGAUGCCCAUGCCUGGUAAGUGUGUGUGUGCGUGCAAGUGGGUGCACCAGGGUUGAAGAAUUUGAUUUCAGCUUCCUAAAUCCUUCAUGUAUUUCGUGGGGGUACUUAGAUAGUAAUCCUAUUGCCUUGUAUAGCUUAGCCAUAGAUUGUGCUCCGUAGAUUUGUAAGAGUAAGAAUGACAAAAACGUGAUUAUCCUCAAUGUGAAAAUGUGAUGUUGGCUUCACAAUACCUUGACUAUAACAUCAACACAACAUUAAAACAUCUACAUCAAGAACAUUUUAAUUCAACUUGACGAAAAUGUGCAAUUUCUCUCUGAUCUUAAUUUCCAGGCAUGCCCCCUCCUGGUGCCUUCCCUCCUGUGCCACCCCCCGGAUCCAUGCCUCCUGGCAUGCCCCCCGGCAUGACCAUGCCCCCAGCCCCAGGUACACCAGGACCCCAGGGAGGGGGCUCAGGCCCCCCACCUGGCCCGCCACCCUUCCACCAGGGCAUGCACCCGGGUAAGUCACUCACCCUGACCAUAUAAUUAGAAUGAGUACAACUGUCAGGAAAAGCUUGCCCAGAUUGUUAAAUAUUGGAAUUUUAAAUUGUAGUGUGUGGAAUUUUAAGUUACUGCUACCUCUGGUAAAAGGAAGAGAGCCUGUUGUGUGCGAUGAGGUGCAUUAAUAUACUACAUGGCCAAAAGUAUAUGGGCACCUGCUUGUCGAACAUCUCAUUCCAAAAUCAUGGGCAGUGAUAUGGAGUUGGUCCCCGCUUUGCUGCUAUAACAGCCUCCACUCUUCUGGGAAGUCUUUCCACUAAUGUUGGAACAUUGCUGCAGGGACUUGCUUCCAUUUAGCCGCAAGAGCGUUAGUGAGGUCGGGAACUGAUGUUGGGCGAUUAGGCCUGGCUCGCAGACGGCGUUCCAAUUCAUCCCGAAGGUGUUUGAUGGGGUUGAGGUCAGGGCUCUGUGCAGGCCAGUCAAGUUUUUCCACACCGAUCUCGACAAACCAUUUCUGUAUGGACCUCGCUUUGUGCACGGGGGCAAUGUCAUGUUGAAACAGGAAAGGGCCUUCCCCAAACUGUUGCCACAAAGUUGCAAGCACAGAAUCGUCUAGAAUGUCCAUUGUAUGCUGUAGCGUUAAGAUUUCUCUUCCCUGAAACUAAGGGGCCUAGGCCGAACCAUGAAAAACAGCCCCAAACCAUUAUUCUUCCUCGACCAAACUUUACAGUUGGCAAUAUUAGGGCUGUUGCGGUGACCGUAUUACCGCCAUACCAUCGGUCACGAGUUAUGAAGGCAGUCAAAUUCCAUGUGACCGUUUAGUCACGGUAAUUGGGCUUCUCCAAGCUCUGAUGCUGCUGAUGGUCAUUAGUAGCCUACCAAACUUGCUCACUGCCUGGUACUCAGCACUCUAUUGUCCCUCUAAUCACUCUGACAUCAAUGCAAAUGUAGUGGAAAAUCUAAUCAAAUCAAAUUUUAUUUGUCACAUACACGUGUUUAGCAGAUGUUAUUGCGGGUGUAGCGAAAUGCUUGUGCUUCUAGCUCUGACAGUGCAGUAAUAUCUAACAAGUAAUAUCUAACAAUUUAACAACAUACAGUGCCUUGCAAAUGUAUUCAUCCCCCUUGGCGUUUUUCCUAUUUUGUUAUAUUACAACCUGUAAUUUAAAUUGUUUUUUAUUUGGAUUUCAUGUAAUGGACAUACAAAAAAUAGUCCAAAUUGGUGAAGUGAAAUGAAAAAAACAACUUGUUUCAAAAAAAUCUACAAAAUAAAUUACGGAAAAGUGGUGCGUGCAUAUGUAUUCACCCCGUUUGCUAUGAAGCCCCUAAAUAAGAUCUGGUGCAACCAAUUACCUUCAGAAGUCACAUAAUUAGUUAAAUAAUCCACCUGUGUGCAAUCUAAGUGUCACAUGAUCUGUCACAUGAUCUCAGUAUAUAUACACCUUUUCUGAAAGGCCCCAGAGUCUGCAACACCACUAAGCAAGGGGCACCACCAAGCAAGCGGCACCAUGAAGACCAAGGAGCUCUUCAAACAGGUCAGGGACAAAGUUGUGGAGAAGUACAGAUCAGGGUUGGGUUAUAAAAAAAUAUCAGAAACUUUGAACAUCCCACGGAGCACCAUUAAAUCCAUUAUUAAAAAAUGGAAAGAAUAUGGCACCACAACAAACCUGCCAAGAGAGGGCCGACCACCAAAACUCACGGACCCGACAAGGAGGGCAUUAAUCAGAGAGGCAACAAAGAGACCAAAGAUAACCCUGAAGGAGCUGCAAAGCUCCACAGCGGACAUUGGAGUAUCUGUCCAUAGGACCACUUUAAGCCGUACACUCCACAGAGCUGGGCUUUACGGAAGAGGGGCCAGAAAAUAGCCAUUGCUUAAAGAAAAAAAUAAACACCUUUGGUGUUUGCCAAAAGGCAUGUGGGAGACUCCCCAAACAUAUGGCAGAAGGUACUCUGGUCAGAUGAGACUAAAAUUGAGCUUUUUGGCCAUCAAGGAAAUGCUAUGUCUGGCGCAAACCCAACACCUCUCAUCACCCCGAGAACACCAUCCCCACAGUGAAGCAUGGUGGCAGCAUCAUGCUGUGGGGAUGUUUUUCAUCGGCAGGGACUGGGAAACUGGUCAGAAUUGAAGGAAUGAUGGAUGGCGCUAAAUACAGGGAACUUCUUGAGGGAAACCUGUUUCAGUCUUCCAGAGAUUUGAGACUGGGACGGAGGUUCACCUUCCAGUAGGACAAUGACCCUAAGCAUACUGCUAAAGCAACACUUGAGUGGUUUAAGGGGAAACAUUUAAAUGUCUUGGAAUGGCCUAGUCAAAGCCCAGACCUCAAUCCAAUUGAGGAUCUGUGGUAUUACUUAAAGAUUGCUGUACACCAGCGAAACCCAUCCAACUUGAGGGAGCUGGUGCAGUUUUGCCUUGAAGAAUGUGCAAAAAUCCCAGUGGCUAGAUGUGCCAAGCUUAUAGAGACUUGCAGCUGUGAUUGCUGCAAAAGGUGGCUCUACAAAGUAUUGUUUUUUUUGUCUUAUUUCUUGUUUGUUUCACAAAAAAAAUAUUUUGCGUCUUCAAAGUGGUAGGCAUGUUGUGAUGAUACAACCCCCCCCCCCCCCCCCCCCCCCCCCCCCCCCAAAAAAAAAAAUCCAUUUUAAUUCCAGGUUGUAAGGCAACAAAAUUGGAAAAAUGCCAAGGGGGGUGAAUACUUUCGCAAGCCACUGUAUACCCAAUACACACAAAUCUAAGUAAGGAAUGGAAUUAAGAAUAUAUACAUAUAUGGACAAGCAAUGACAGAGGGGCAUGGACUAAGAUACAGUAGAAUAUUAUAGAAUACAAUAUAUAAACUCAGCAAAAAAAGAAACCUCCCUUUUCCAGGACCAUGUCUUUCAAAGAUAAUUCGUAAAAUUCCAAAUAACUUCACAGAUCUUCAUUGUAAAGGGUUUUAACACUGUUUCCAUUGCUUGUUCAAUGAACCAUAAACAAUUAAUGAACAUGCACCUGUGGAACGGUCGUUAAGACACUAACAGCUUACAGACGGUAGGCAAUUAAGGUCACAGUUAUGAAAACGUAGGACACUAAAGAGGCCUUUCUACUGACUGAAAAACACCAAAAGAAAGAUGCCCAGGGUCCCUGCUCAUCUGCGUGAACGUGCCUUAGGCAUGCUGCAAGGAGGCAUGAGGACUGCAGAUGUGGCCAGGGCAAUAAUUGCAAUGUCCGUACUGUGAGAUGCCUAAGACAGCGCUACAGGGAGACAGGACGGACAGCUGAUUGUCCUCGCAGUGGCAGACCACGUGUAUCAACACCUGCACAGGAUCGGUACAUCCGAACAUCACACCUGCGGGACAGGUACAGGAUGGCAACAACAACUACCCGAGUUACCUAGCAUAAAGACAACUCGGAGUAUGCUAUUCUGUUCUUCUGUUCUUCUGAAAUAGACUACAUUUUCUUCAUAUCAUGUUUCUUUAGACCUGUCUAAAAUAAAUAAUGGAUUUAUUGUAAAGGUGUAGGCUAUAUUACAUGGAUUUAUUAUACUUUUUUUAAAUGUAGAUGUUCCUAAGGUCUGCAUCAGUAGCUUGUAGGCUAUGUGUGGAAGCCAGGAGAUGCUAAAUAUGUUUGUUAAUUAACGGUCAAUUACCGUGAGACCGACAGUUAUUUGCUUGACAAUCACCGGCUGACGAAAUGUCAUGAUCGCCACAGCCCUAGGCACUAUGUCUUCAGGCAGGUAGCGUUCUCCUGGCAUCCGCCAAACCCAGAUUAGGCCGUCGGACUGCCAGAUGGUGAAGCGUGAUGCAUCACUCCAGAGAACGCGUUUCCACUGCUCCAGAGUUCAAUGGCGGCGAGCUUUACAUCACUUCAGCCGACGCUUGGCAUUGCGCAUCUUAGGCUUGUGUGUGGCUGCUCGGCCAUGGAAACCCAUUUCAUGAAGCUCCUGACGAACAGUUAUUGUGCUGACGUUGCUUCCAGAGGCAGUUUGGAACUCGGUAGUGAGUGUUGCAACCGGGGACAGACUAAUUUUACGCGCUUCAGCACUCGGCGGUCCCGUUCUGUGAGCUUGUAUGGCCUACCACUUUGCAGCUGAGCCGUUGUUGCUCCUAGACGUUUCCACUUCACAAUAACAGCAUUUACAGUUGACCGGGGCAGCUCUAGCUUUUCAGACAUCUGACGAACUGACUUGUUGAAAAGGUGGCAUCCUAUGAUGUUGCCACAUUGAAAGUCACUGACCUCUUCAGUACGGGCCAUUCUACUGCCAAUGUUUGUCUAUGGCGAUUGCAUGGCUGUGUGCUCGAUUUUAUACACCUUUCAGCAACAGGUGUGGCUGAAAUAGCCGAUUCCACUAAUUUGUAGAGGUGUCCAUAUACUUUUCGACAUGUAGUGUAAAUGUCAUUUAGCAGACUCUUUUAUCCAAAGCGACUUAGUCAUGCGUGCAUGCAUUUUACGUAAUCGAACCCACUAUCCUGGCAUUGCAAGCACCAAGCUCUACCAACUAAGCAACUGAGGACCACCACCAAUUAUAUUGUUCAUGUCCAACAGGAAUGCCCCAGAUGCCCAUGCACCCUCAUGGCCAUCCUCCAGGUAUGGUGCCUCCACCGGGCCCCCCAGGAUCCAACCAGCACCGGGCGCCUCCACCCCCCGGCAUGCCCCCUCAUCCACACAUGGGCAUGCCACCGAGAGGGCCCUAUGGGCAUCCCAUGGGUAAGUGCUGUGCCUUCACAAGGCUAGUGGUCAAUUCAACUCAAUACAGUUCAAUAGUUGAAAUCUCCUAUCAGUUGGAUAAUUAAUUGCCUGUUAGUUGACUUCUGAUUCAUGCAAAACAAUUCACCACUUUUCGUUUCAUCACUAUUAUUUUUCUUAAACAUUAAAGCUACAGUCUGCAAUUGUUACAUCCAUUUGGUACUUUAAAAAAAUGUAUUGUAAAGAUUUUAUUUUACACAUUUGUCUAAAGGGACACAAUUUAAUUUUAUGGAUAUCCAAGAGCUUUGUUUCCUGAAAUCCUUGUUGAAAUGUGCUGCUGUAUGAGAUGAUAUAUCAUUGUGUGAAUCCCCUCUCUCUCUCCCCACCCACACAGGUCACCCCAUGCAUCCAGGCAUGAGAGGACCCCCUCCUCCCAUGCCCCCACCAGGCUACGGUGGGGGUCCCCCUCGUCCGCCUCCGUUUGGCUUCCAGAGGGGGCCUCCAAUGCCACCAAGGCCCCCCGGCGGUCCACCUCGAGGCCCCAUGAGAGGACCAAUGCCCCCAUAGAGUACGGAGGACCACAGCAAGGCGCAUGACCAUGCUUUCAUUUAGCUUUUUUUGUUUCUAUUCCAGAGUACAAUUUGGAGACAUGGUGUUGCUCCAUUUUUUUUUUCAUUUCAUCUUCACUGUACAGAUCCCAAACAAAGGUUCGGAAUAAAGGUUUUUAAUACAACAAA